UUCUAGACACUCCGGAGUCUACUGGGUGACGACAGAGAGCGGCGGAAAGUGUUUGUCGGCAUCGGAUACUACUUAUACAACACCACCAAAUCCUGGUCGAACCUGGAGUACAUUGCAGAGAACGUGAUAACGCCAGAUGUGGAUGUCCUGGUGUUAAUGACCACGAUUUUGACUAUGCCCUAUCAAGACCACUGCAUCACGUUGCCCAUCAACGCUUACAAGAGCCUGAACGUGUUUACUCCUACGAUGGAGAAGGCCUCCAACAUGGCCAGGUCGACCUUCGGCAGGCCGUCGCUCAUCGUAGCCUUCGCACUGCAGAUGGGCGUCGUCAUGUACUGGCUGCAAGGGAAGCCCGAAACACCUAAUAGUGCACUGUACCAGCGGUGCGACCGCUUCUAUCUCACGGACUACUCCCAGGCAAGUUUCACUCUUCCCGCAUCGGAAUACGCGCAGUCGCACUACUAG